AGUUUUCGCUUACUUCAGUCAAUAGUCUCGGGUCAGCGGCUCUAGUCAGCUGUACAUUGGCAUAGAGCAUACAUAUAAGAACAACCGCGAAGAGCUGAUUUAUAUGGUUUUCAAGUUUUAAUCAUGAGUGAAGGUGUCGAUUCAGAGAUCCCUGUGGAGGCUGCCGGGGUAGUCCCUGCAGAAGAAGGGAUGUUCUCAACACUUGAUUUUUUCAUAUUAUCAGCCCUGGCUGGUGUUUGUAUAUACUAUUUCUUCUUCAAGAAUAAAAAACAAGAGGAACCAACAUUUAAAAAGCUAACUGUCCAGCCUAUGCAGGACCGAGCCAGUAAUGCUGGGUUUAUAGAGAAAAUGAAAGCCUCAGGGAGGAAUGUGAUUGUGUUUUACGGGUCACAGACCGGAACAGCAGAAGAAUUUGCUGGCCGUUUGGCCAAAGAUGCCACUUGUUAUGGGAUGAAGGGAAUGGUGGCUGAUCCUGAAGAGUGUGAGAUGGAAGACCUUGUGAAGCUGAAAGACAUAGAUAAUUCACUGGCAAUAUUUUGUAUGGCGACAUAUGGAGAAGGCGACCCGACAGAUAACGCUCAAGAAUUCUAUGAUUGGUUACAAAAUGCUGACUCAGAACUCAAUGGACUUAAAUUUGCUGUGUUUGGUUUGGGUAACAAGACCUAUGAACAUUUCAAUGCUAUGGGACUGUUUAUGGACAAGAAGCUAGAGGAGUUGGGAGCAGAGAGAAUAUUUGAACUUGGAAGUGGUGAUGAUGAUGGAAAUAUAGAGGAGGAUUUUGUAACAUGGAAGGAGAAAUUCUGGCCAGCUGUAUGUGAACACUUCGGAGUAGAAGCUACAGGGGAUCAAUUCAGUAUCCGUCAGUACAGUCUUACAACACAUGAUGAUUUACCUACGGAGAAAACAUAUUCAGGAGAAAUUGCAAGACUUGGUUCAUUCCGAAACCAGAAACCACCAUAUGAUGCCAAAAACCCAUACUUGGCUCCAGUCAUUGUUAACCGUGAGCUGCACAAGGGCGGAGAUCGUUCAUGCAUGCACAUAGAAUUUGAUAUCACCGGCUCAAAAAUCAGGUACGAGGCAGGUGACCACGUGGCUGUUUAUCCUGUUAAUAAUCAGGACAUUGUUACCGGAAUUGGUAAACGUCUCAAUGUGGAUCUGGACGAAGUUUUCACCCUGACCAAUGUUGAUGAGGAGGCUAGUAAAAAACACCCGUUUCCUUGUCCCACAACCUAUCGCAUUGCUCUGUCUCACUAUCUGGACAUUACAAGUAUGCCACGUACUCAUAUCCUACGAGAACUGGCCGAGUAUGGCGAUGAAAAGGACAAAGAAUUCCUUGUGAAAAUGACAACUUCAUCACCGGAAUCUAAGACAUUAUACAGUGACUGGAUUAUCAAAGAUCACCGAAACAUCCUGGCUGUCCUUGAGAGUCUACCAUCCCUGAAGCCACCCAUCGACCAUCUUCUGGAACUGUUACCAAGGUUACAGGCCAGAUACUACUCCAUUUCAUCCUCACCAAAGGUUCACGCAACUAGUAUCCAUAUCACAGCAGUCAUUGUCAAGUACCAAACUCGCACAGGUCGGGACGUGGAGGGUGUUGCCACAAACUGGCUUGCACUUAAACAACCUGACAACGGCAGUAAGCCUCGAGUACCGAUCUAUGUCCGUAAAUCACAGUUCAGACUCCCAUUCAAGACAAACACACCGGUGAUUAUGAUUGGGCCUGGAACUGGCCUGGCACCUUUCCGAGGAUUUAUACAGGAGAGACAAUUUGUACGCAAAGAUGGAAAAACAGUUGGUGACACAGUGUUGUAUUUUGGAUGUCGUCAUAAGGCAGAAGACUUCCUUUAUGAAGACGAACUAAGCGACUAUCAGAACGACAGCACACUCACUAAAAUGCAUGUGGCAUUCUCUCGUGAUGGGCCAAACAAGGUAUACGUGCAGCACCUACUGGGUAACAACAAGGAAGAGGUGUGGAAAAUGCUUGAUGCAGGAGGCCAUAUAUAUGUGUGUGGUGAUGCACGUAACAUGGCUCGUGAUGUCCACGACACAUUACUCAAGGUGCUUGUAGAGUGUGGUGGCAUGGAACAGCAGGCAGCUGUGAAUUACAUCAAGAAAAUGCAAUCUAAGGGACGUUACUCUUGCGAUGUGUGGAGUUGAUCUUUUUCUCGUCACUAGUGUACAUUGCGAACAUUUUCAGGUUGAUCAUAUUUCUCAUGGUAGGAACACAGUUGUGUGACACUGUUCACCAUCUGAUAAAAUUCUAUAGGAUAAGUUGUCAGUUUCAAGUCACCUUUGUUGCAUGUGUGCCCAGAACUUAACUAGACUGGAAUUAGAAUGACAUUUAUUUAAAGAAAAGUAAAAAAGUUUUAAUUAUUUACAAUUUACACUCAUUGAAGCUAAAUGAUGCUGGCUGGCCUGCCAAUUUUUUUCGAAAGAAUUAAAUAAGGAACAAAAUCUUCUUGAGCAAUAAUUUCACUUCACUAGUUCCUGUUUAUCAACUGAUUCAAUGCAAAUGAACUUUGAUAUAUAUAUUUUAUAUAAUAUUCUCAUGAAAUAUACAUUUGUUUUUACCUUUCAAAGAAUCAUUGACGGAGUGAAAUAUUUACUGUAUACACUUGCUUUUAGAAAGGUUUGACAUUUAUUUGAUGAACAGAAUUGUUUAGCUUUAAUAAAACAUGAUGAAUGUUUCUUGUACAUUUAAUUCUAUUAUAUAUAUAUUACAUCAAUAAUGUUAUGUACUUUGUUAUAAAUUAAAUAAUGUGAAGAAAAAGACAAUUUGGCUGUAAUUCCGCCUGUGUAUAUUUAUAUAAUACCAGAAAGUAGAUUGGCUAAGCUUCAUUCCUUAAUAGGAAUUUUAUGAAUUAAGAUUGAUUCCUUGGAUAGUAUAUUGUAUUAGGAUUUACACUGUACUUAAAAUCAUAAAAAAAAACCAAGAAAGACAGUUGUAAUAUUAAAUGUUUGUAGAGAAAGGAAAUAAGUUAUAAAUAAAUAAACAGAAUUAGUCUUUUAAACAAACUAAAUAUGUAAUUUGUUGAGAUGCCAGUGAAUUCCAACGGUGUACAAAAAAAUGUAUAUCUGCAUUAUAGCAGUAGAAACUUUGGUUUCUCUUCAUCAUCUUAUGUAAAAGGUUUAUAUGCCUACCAGACCUGUUCACCAUACUAAAUUGUUAUGAAACUUUCAUUAUGACAUUUAUUAAAUUUGAUUUUUAAUAAAAUUUAUACAAUAUCUUUGUCUUCUGAAAGUUUAUAAUUUGAAGGAAAAAAAUGUGAUUUAAUUAUACAGGAAAAUCUUUUAUUUAGUUCAGUUCAUAUAAAGAGUUCAGUAAAUAUUGAGAAAGAUAUGUAAAUGAUAUGUUACAGAAAAAUAAAUACUCCUGUGAAAGACUGGUCAAAUAAAAAUAGUGCAGUAGCAAAAAUAGAUAGUAGGGCAUUAUUCUAUUUCAACAUUUUAAUGCGAUCAUAAAAAAAAGUACUGUAUAACAAAUAAUGUUCAGCAAGCUGUAUUGCAAAUGUUAACUAGCUGUGCAUUCCUUUAUUGAGUUUGUACCAAAUGUAACGGUACAAAUAAUGGAACACAGCCUACCAACAGAACCAAACCAGUUGAUGUGAUUCCUUUUCUGAAACAUACCACUUUGAUUCAAGGUGGCAAAAGUGUGAUGCAUCAUUCGUCAUGCAAAAUACUUUUGU